AUGGACGUUGGUAUCAUGAUAAAGAGGAAGAAGAGGUUUGUACGGGUUCAACCGAGGAUCAAGUGGGGUGCUUUGGCUAAGGAUACUGUGCAUGAGUUGGAGGGGCGGCUGGUGGCUAUGGGUGCCUGGAAGAGUAGUGGGGAUGCUAGCGCUAUGUGGACGGCGAUGACAAACUGUAUUAGGGAGGCGGCAAGAGAGGAGCAGAGGAGAACAAACAGAGUAAGGUACAAGGAAGCUAGGAAGGAGGCAAAAUUAGCGAUCACAGAGGCUAAGACUACCGCGUUUGAUCGGUUGUAUGAGGAACUAGGGGGCAAAGGUGGGGACAAGAAGCUAUUUCGGCUGGCCAAAGCGAGAGGGAGGAAGGCUCGUGAUCUGGAUCAAGUGAGGUGCAUCAAAGACGAGGAAGGUAGAGUAUUGACGGAAGACUCCCAGAUUAAGCAUAGAUGGCAGGCGUACUUUCAUAAACUUCUGAAUGAAGAGGGGAGUGGUAGCAUCGUGCUAGGGGAGUUGGGACACUCCGAGAGUCACCGUGACUUUGGGUACUGUAGGUGUAUCAAGGUUGAGGAGGUAGUGGGAGCUGUGGGUAAGAUGAAUCGGGGCAAAGCGACAGGACCAGACGAGAUUCCAGUAGAAUUUUGGAGGUAUGUGGGUAGAGCGGGCUUAGAAUGGCUGACUGGGCUGUUUAAUGUUAGUUUCAAGACGAAGAGGAUGCCAGAUGAGUGGAGAUGUAGUUUGAUGAUUCCUUUGUUUAAGAACAAAGGUGAUAUCCAGAAUUGUAACAAUUGUUGGGGCAUCAAGUUGUUAAGUCAUACCAUGAAAGUUUGGGAGAGGGUGGUGGAAGGAAGGGUGAGGAGGGCAGUAUCUAUUUCGGAAAAUCAGUUCGGGGAGAGGAAGAGGGAUUUGCACAUGGUUUUUAUUGACCUAGAAAAGGCGUAUGACAGGGUCCCUAGGGACGUUCUUUGGCGAUGCCUGGAAGUGAAAGGGGUGCUGGUAGCAUACAUUGAAUCGAUAAAGGAUAUGUAUGAUGGAGCUAAGACUCGGGUCAGGACUGCGGGAGGUGACUCCGAGCUUUUUUCGCCUGACUUCACCAAAUGUCGCUUCUGCGAGACUCCACCCGAAUCUGCGGAGCGCUUCUGCGGUGAUUUGUCCGCUUCUGCGGAGUAG